CUAAUACUAUAAUAAUGCUGGCUCCAUGCCUUUUUUCUUACUCUGUUCCGUCCCACAAGCACACUACAUGUUCAAACAUCUGUUAAGUUAAGUUAACUCAUAUCUCUACCUAGCAACUUCACCAUUACUUUGCAUUCCAUCUCAAGGAAUGAUGUGUAUUCUCAUAAUUAUUCAAGAAGAUAUCCUUUUUUUUUUUUUUUCUUUCUAAAUUCUUACACUUACUAGCUCAGUUUUCCUACCUAUAUUGUUUAUAUUGUAAUUGCAGUAGUUGAUUGAUAGCACAAAUGUAUGACCCUCGCGAAUUCUCUAAGGAAUCUCUCUCUCUUAUAUAUAUCAUAAAUCUGUUUUUUCUUACUUUUCUAUAAACUUCCACACAUAACAUAUAAAGGACAAGAAGAAAGAUCGUAUUCUCCAUCAAUAAGAUGAAGCCUAACUUGUCUUAUCUUUUCCUCCUCCUCCUCUUCACCUUCCAUGCCAUAAUCGCAACCAAUCUCAUCCAAGAAACUUGCAACAAAUGUGCCAUAAAUGAUCCAAACAUUAGCUACGAUUUCUGUCUGACUUCUCUUCGAGCAUCUCCUGGCAGCCACUGCGCUAGUCUUGGUGAGCUUGGCAUGAUUUCCAUCAACUUAACCCGUCACAACGUCACUGAUACCAGGCGCUACAUUAAAGGGCUUCUAAAGAACAAAAGAUUGGAUCCCGGCGCGAGGGCUUGCUUAAAUGAUUGCCUUCAUCUUUAUUCAGAUGCCAUCCCCUCCCUUAAACAAGCCGUCAAAGACUACAAGUCUAAGUACUAUGAAGAUGCUAAUAUUCAAGUGAGUUCUGUUAUCGAUGCCUCCACAACUUGUGCCGACGGAUUCAAUGAAAAAGGGGUAGCUUCACCAUUAAAAGCCAGGAAUAACGAUACCUUCCAGUUGUCUGCUAUAUCACUCUCCAUUAUCAACAUGCUUCAUUGAUUUUGCUGUUUGGUUACUUCAAUUCCCACCAACUUAGUUUUGUUCAUCAAUUAAUGACAUACAUUUAUCUUCAUCCUGAUUUCAGAUUUC